ACUACCUUCCUCCCACUUCCCUCCAAUUUUAUUGGCUAACCUAUGUUUGUUCAAGGAUCCUUUCAUACAUUUUGUUAGAUAUCAAAGAAAAUCAAUUCUUUCUUCCAAGGAUACGCCUCUUCUGAUGAAUAAGUGGAAAUUUUACUUUGUCGAUUUAUGGCAAUAUUAUUUUUACAUGUGGUCUCAAUCAAGAAGGAUAAAGAUCCGAAUAAACCAAUUAUCGAAAAAUUCUAUCGAUUUUCUGGGUUAUCGUUCAAGUAUGCGAUUAGAUUCUUUAGUGGUACGGAAUCAAAUGCUAGAAAACUCAUUUAUAGUAGAUAAUGUUAUGAAGAAGCUGGAGACAAAAAUUCCAAUUCUCGCCUUGAUUGGAUCAUUGUCCAAAGCAAAAUCUUGUAACGCAAUAGGACAUCCCAUUAGUAAGCCGAUCUGAACCGACUCAUCCUGAUAUUAUUGAUCGUUUUGUGCGUAUAUGCAGAAGUCUUUCUCAUUAUUACGGUAGAUCCUCAAAAAAAAAAAAAUUGUAUCGGAUCAAAUAUAUACUUCGACUUUCUUGUGUUAAAACUUUGGCUCGUAAACACAAGAGUACUGUACGUUCCUUUUUGAAAAGAUUGGGCUCAGAAUUGUUGGAAGAAUUUCUGACAGAGGAAGAACAGGUUCUUUCUUUGAUCUUCCCAAGAGCUUAUUCGACUUCGCGAAAGUUAUAUAGAGGGCGAAUUUGGUAUUUGGAUAUUCUUUGUGUCAACGCUUUGGCCGAUUAUGAAUGAUUGGUUAGGGGACAUUGUAAAUGAAAAGGGAUUACCAAAAAAAAGAAGUACUAUCCAAUGAAGAGAUACAAAAAAUUCAUUCAGUUAUGAAAUGCUCAUGUAGGAAGAGAGACUAAGGGGGGGGUGAGUAUUCCACUUUUUUAUAGUCCUGUUUAGGGAAGAAACAGAGUUUUAGAUG